GGGCACACAGACACGCCGCGGUGCCGCUUCAGUUCAUCAAGGUACGCCUGGUAGCAUAGCCUUGGUAGCUAAGCUAGCUAACCUUACCUAACCCGUGUCUACGCCGUGGCUAGCUAACCUCCAGCAAACAGCUCCUCCGGGUAGCUCUGUGUGACUACGUGCACGUAACUAGAAACCUGAAUGUUUUUAAUGAAAUAAUGACGGAGCCAAAUUGAGUGUCACCGUUAGCUGGCUUUAGUUUGUAACUGUGUGUGAGACGUUAGGAAGGAGGGAGGCUGGCCACUUCCCAUUACAACCAGCAGCUUGUACUGGUAGUCCUGACUACAGCUGCCUCCUGCUGCUUGCUCAAGUUCCUCCUCCGCCUGCGGGUGAGGUAGUUUGCUGUCUGUAGCUUAGCUCACACACACACACCAAAAGUGGUGGAUACAUGUCUACCUCUGAACCACGGGACGAGCCACGAAAGGGAAAUCUUGCAGUUCAUGUUUCGCCAAGAAGUCAGUGUGACGUCUUUUAUUCCAUCUUGUUCGUAUCUUUUCCAACACGAGAAGAGGAAUAUGUCCAGAUAUAACAUUUACAGCCUGCUGGACUGGAUUUACGGCGGGGUGGACCCCAAGUUUGAAGGCAAUGGGGGCCCCGACUGUGCUGCCUUCAUCGCGCCCCAGCAGCGCAUCGGUGAGAGUCUCAUCAUCAUCCUCAUCUCCCUGCUGGAGAUCGGCGUGGCACUGAAGAAGAUCAACCUCUCCAAAGAGCUCAAGGUGGUGGGAAAAGACUGCACAAGGACAAAGGAAGACAGUCUGGGCAAGAACCUGUUGCUGGUUGCUCUGUGCAUGACUUUUGGAGUGGAGGUUGGGUUUAAGUUUGCGACAAAGACAGUGAUAUACCUGCUCAACCCCUGCCAUGUCAUGACCAUGGUUCAGGUAAGAAUACCACUGUGUGAUUGUUAAAACGACACCUUCUUUGUAUGCAACACAGUAAUGGGGACCCAACAUGAGAGUAACACACACUAAACAUUAAUUUGUAGUGUUCAGUCCCCCCUAUCCCACAAACACAAGUUGCUGUUUAAGACGUGCUCUGAAGAAAGUAGAAAGUAAAAGUUUGACUUCACUUCUGCCUCACCCAUUUACAGUUUGGUGAAACAGUGCGUUACAUAACACCCGUUUACAUCCUUGAGAGUCAUUUGCACAUGCUUUUUUAAUUAGAGAACUGCAGCAAACAUCCCCAUUAUGUGUGUACACUUCGUACAACAUUUACAUGAAGAGUUACUUAGUCUUUUUCACUUUCUUUCUUGUUGCAGUGGAGAACAGUGCAAACAAAUAUGAAGAUACAUGCCAGACACAAGUUUUUAGUGUUUUACAUGACAUAGGUUGGAGAAAACAUGCACAAAUGCCCUGAAUGCAAACUUUCAGUCCAUACAGGACAAAGUUUUAGUUACAAUCAGAAGGAAGUGUCUCAACAAUAGCUUACCCUGACUAUGUCUAACUGUAAUGUUGCUAGUUUUUCAAGUUUUUUUUCUUCACCUUAACCAACCCUUAUCCCAUAUGUGUACAAUUUUAACUUUAAAGUUUGUUUAAGUAUAGCAUAUGGUGUUUUAACUGAAACAUGUGAAUUCUCCACCUUUUUUAAGUGCAUCAACUAGACAGACAAUUUAGUGCCUGACUCGAUUUGACCAAACUUCUAAUACAAAAAGAAGUCUGAAAUAUGUCCAAGAAAGUAUUACGAUUUGGAUAGUGUUGUCUUCUAGAGUUUUGUAGUAACUUGGCACUCAUGUGGUUAACUUGUGAUCAUCCUCAGAGCAAAGUGGAAAAAAUUAAGUCAUAAAAUGAAUGAUAAAAGUAUAACUGGGGGACAUGGCUUCACUUACUGCACAUCAUAACGUGGAACAAGAGCAAAGAAAGGGUGUAAAAAUGCCAUCUAUUUAUGUGCUUCUCAUAUGAAUAUGUCAGAAUCACAUAUGAGUGUUAUAAAAUACAGUGAGAAAUUGUUUUCAUAAAGGGAAAGCACUUAAACUGUUGUGCAAAACGUCAUAUUGGAGACUCUGUAGGACCUCUUCAUGAAGAAAAAAAAAACAUAAAACCUGUUGUUUCAAGUGUAGCGCCCCAAGGUAUGUAACAGGAGUUGGGCGUCCUCUGAUUUAGAGCCUUUGGAUUGUUGUCUAUGACUGCAGGAAGCACUAUUAUGAACAGCUGUAAAGCCGUUCAGUCUAUAUAUCUGCACAGGAGUUUACUUUGGAAUCUGACUGAUAAAUAACAUGGAAAUUGAAUUUGUAGACAUCUGCGUUGAGUUGUUUAUUUAAACCAGAAUCAGAGGUUACAGUUCAGAGCAACACAAAGACUCUCUGUGUUCACUCUGCCACCAUGAGAACAUGCUGUACCUGCAUGGUUUCCUUUCAUGCCUCCUGCUCGGCUGACCUUCACUGUACAUGAUUGCACACUGUGGGUCAUGGCAACAGGUCACUGCCAACUGCGACUCAUUGUGUUCGAUGAAACAGAUGUAACAAAGUAAAUAUGGAGAGUGUAGAUUAUAUCUUGAAGUUAUUCAUCCUGACAUGAUUGGUGGACAGUGGUGACUGAAUUAUAGCUCUAAGAUGUCCUGAGCAGUUUAGGGUAAUAGUCUUUGCUAUGCAUUUGUUAUGUACGUUGGCACAUAGGUGUGAUGAAAAGAAGAAAGAGAGAGAGAGAGAAGUUUAUUUGAUCUAUUUCAGGAAAAAAAGGAAGAGGUUCACUGACAGGACCAAACAAACGUUUCAAUUUCACUUUUGACUCGGGGAAGAAAUGUUUCUUUUAACAGGGCAGCUCUGCAGGGAUGGCCUUCAGGAGCUCUGUUUGUUUCGAUGAGGAGCUUUACUGUACAGUGUUGUACACACUUGGACCCCUGACAUUUAAUAGAUACUAUCUUUUUGGAGUUAAAAAUCCAGGCCCUGAAAAUUUCACUGACUUUUACACAUGCACAUCACUCAGUGUACUCUGUUCAGUUUGUGUGUGUGUGUUUUCACAGGCAAGGUUAAUGAGGUUGCACUGUAAGUUACUCAUGGCUGAUAGGAAGAUAUAUCAACUAAACUACUGCAUGACAUCACCCCUCUUUGUCAGCACCAUAAUAACUAGUUAGUUUUGUGAAUUAUUAAUAUCUUUAUAAUUGUAAGCCUGUAAUUCAGGUCAAUUGUCUUGUUUGUGUAGUGCAGCCAUCCACCAUUAGCUGUUGCUGUAGUGCUGGGUAAUGAUCUGCUACCUAAAACAGCCCAGAUGGCAGAUAGAAUCUCAUAAUGUGGUGCAGUUUGGCAGCAUUUUGAUCAGUAAAGUGGACACUAAGUUGUAUGUGUCUGGUUAAACUAGCCCAUAACUACUCAAUGUGUAACAGGCACAAGCAUGUGAAGUACCACCAACAGCAGGUGGUGCUAGCUCUGCUAGUGGUAGCUACACUCAGCAAACCAAUCCGGCAUGGUUCCCAGCAGAUUCUGUCAUCCCGGGAUUAGUCGUGACGCAUAAAUCAUGCUCAGUUUAAAGUGUUGUAGGAGUGUUUACUUACCUUCUAGACAAGUCAGCUAGUCAGGAUUAAAAACUCUGCCGGAAAGUUGACACUGAAAGACACACACACAAACCCUUAAUCACAGCAGUAGGAAACAAAAACCAUUUACUUGGGCGAGCAGCUAAGAUUAUGAAAUGGCAAAUAAACCCAAACAGGUCAAUAUCUCUAAAUUUUCAGCUGCGUAGUGUAGUCUAUGUGUGAAAGGAUCUUAUUACUGUAGGAAAAGUGUGUAGAACAGGGAGUGUGUUCAAGUUGAUGUCAUUUGUUAGAAGUGCAGAGAAACACUGUAAAAACAAAUCUCAAAUAUUUGAUGCUUCCGCAGUGGAGAUAUUUCUUUUUUCUGUAUGGGUGUGUAAGUGUGAUGCUGUUCACUCUCCCACUGAUCUCACUUAGUGGAUUUACAUUAUGAGGGUUCGGUUCCAUCUGUAAGUCCUUAAAAGCAGAUGGAAAUCUGACAUCAAAACAGCUCACAAGCAACUGCAAAGAUCCUUUUUCUCGUCUCCUCUUGAGCCUGUUAACCCAUCAACGCUGUAUUUAAUUAGUGUGAAUUUUGAGAUGAGAUCGAGAUGUGGAGAAUUAUGUGCAUAUUUUCGAGGCUGAGAAAUAUAGAAAAGUGUUGCUGUAGCUGAAGUGAGCACAGUCCUUGAAUAAUCAGCACAGGGAACCACUUCACCUGAGUGUUGCUAGGAAGGGUACAACCACUUAUCUGUUUUGUUGCCAUGCAGUGUCAUUAUCUGGUAGCCUAGCCUGUUUGUUCAAACUCCUCAACAGCAAUGGCAAAAUAAUAUUCUUGUGUAUAGCAUUAGUUUUAAAUUCGAUGCAUACUGAUUACUGCAUAAAACCUGUCUGUUUAUUACAAAAAUACGGAUGCUGAAUACAUUUCCACAACUACAUGAAUUUGAUCUAAUUAUGACCAAGAUAUCUUAAAGUGGAAAAUGAGGCAUGGAACAGCUGCUAAGUUCUCCCAAGUAUCAGAAAACACCGGACGAGCAAACAUCACCCAGUACAGUGAAAGAGAGAGGCCUGCUGAGGGUGAAGAGUUCAGUGUCUGAUGACUAAUGAGAGGAUGCCCCACUUUUGACAAGCACGGAUGUCUGAUAUGUUGUGUUUUUUUUUUUUUUUUUCUACAUGUGGAACAAAAGCCAUCACACUGACAGAUCUCUGACUGAUCAAUUUCUGGAUGCAUUUUCAUUUGACUUAAUGGAUGUGGUCGGGGCUCCAUAAACAAACAAAUUGAAUCACAGAUACAGCGUGGUGCGGAUAUGAUGGACAAAUCAGGAUGUGGUUGGAUUAUCAUUGCUCUUCAUGGGAACAAAUGUUAAAUUUGAUAUAUCAUGAUGAAUGUGCCCCACGGCUUUUAUUGUUUUCUGUUUUAAACUUAAGUUGACAUUUUCUGUCCUCUUGAAGAGCUUGUAACUAACAACAACAGCAAACAUACUGGUUCAGCAGCUCUGUUACCAUGAUGUCAGGGCUUUAAUGAAGGGCAAAUCCUGGGCGGUUAUGCAUAUUAGAACCCUAACAGUGUCUCAUGGGGAGUGAAGGGGUCUUCUCUUACUCUAUUGUGAUUUCUGACAUUGAGAAAAACUGAAAAAAAAAUCAGCACAAUUGGAAAGGCACAGAAUUGCCUAUAUAUGAGAGGACCAGCCAGAUACCAAUAACAGCCAACAGGCUGAAAAUCAAUCAGUUCAGGACAGGUCAUCAGAGCGGCGUAGCUCUAGAUUUUGUUGUUCCCCACGGUUUAAUUUUAGAGCCUGUACCCUACAUGCACAGCAUCGCAUUUUCAAAGCUGCACUGAUAUCAGCUGGAUGUUGCUGUGUGUACAGGACAAAUUGAUGCCAAAUUGGUUGAAUCAGGGACAGCAUUCAUUUAUUAACAGCUUCUCAGUCCUGAAUGUUUGAGUUUUUCAUCAUUGUAAAAAUGGAUAUGGGUAAUAGAUAGGGCUGGGCGAUAAAACAAUAAUGAUAUAGCAAAUUAAUUUCCCUCACUAUCAAUAUGAAACAUAGUCAAUAUGCUUUUCAAUAGUCGGCAUUCUGCCAUGUUUUGGUAGACUAUAAGAAUAGCCAAUGAAAAGGGGAGUUGCUCUCGGUCCGCUUGGCGCUGAACCAAUCGUGCUGAAUUAGAACCAAGUAGAAAACAACUGUGUGGUAGCAGACUGCAGCUACACGUAACCAUGGCACUUUAACACGUGAAGCUGACAGCACUGUCGGUGAGAAGAAAAGAAAAUGAGUGCUACCCCCCGCAGAAAUGCAGAUGAAGGCUCAACAGAUGAUGACAUCGUCAACAACACUGGCACGAAAACGUCGGUGGGAAGCAUGAGGCAGAGUAAUGUGCACUGCAAAUUUUGUCGAGUACAUGUUCUCGCAAAGUCGGGGAGUACCUCAAAUCAUUACAAAUCGUUACCAACCCUGAGCAGAGCAAGGAGCCCGUGGCGCCUGUGCAGCCGAAACAACCGACCAUUCAGUCUGCUUUUUCUAGCACAACGCCUUAUACCAAAAGUCGAAGGGACGCAAAGACCUCACAGAUGCAGUAGCUUAUUGUAUUACAAAAGACAUGCUACCAAUAAGCACGGUUAACUUUCAGUUUUAUAUCGUGAUAUAUAUCAAUAUCAACUGAUAUAAAAAAAAUAUAUUGUGAUAAACUUUUUCCCAUAUCGCCCAGCCCCAGAUUACUAAUCGAUGAGGUUUGACUGUGUUGUUGGUAGGACUCAUAACCUCCAGUCAGGACUCUCCGUUUACCUUGGAGUUUCUUUUUGAACCUGCGAUAAUGUAAAGACUUUAUCUAAACACACAAACCCCUUAUCAGGUGAACUUUCUUCUCUUAUGGAUCUUGUCGGUGGCCUGGUGUGUCCGAACAAACUGUUUAUUUCACUGAAUUAUAGAUAACUAUGUAGGCCGGCGAUAACCAUAGCUUCAUGCUCCAGGUGGUCAUAACUCACACCUUUAAAAACAGGCCUCUGGCAAUCUGCAGCAGCUUUGAAUGGCUUUAAUAGGACUUUAAAAUACUGCCUGGAUGCACACAGCAGCAAUGAACAUAAAGACUGUGUGCUUUGUCUUUUCUCUAUGGGUCGAGAGCUCGGCUAUAAAUUGAAGAGCCACGCUGUUAACAAGUGUGCAGCAAACAUUCACUAUCAGUGUAACAGACUACAAUAUCAGCAUUAUUGUUAAAUAUAGCCUCAUUUAUCAGCCGCUGCCAUAGCACCCUGCUCAACAGGCUGUCCACUCUUGUUUGCUUUACACUGAAAGCACUUGACUGUAUUACUCAGUCUCUGCACUUGUGAAAAGAGAGUAUGUGUUAUCAGUAAUGAGUGUCGACUUACUCUCAAGAGGUCAUUGAUCUUUUGCUUCCUGAAUGGUUUCCUGCACAGCUCCAAAGAUCAUAAAACAAUCAUACAGCUUUACUCUGACGCAGAAAUUACAGAAUUAGUUCCUGCCACAAUUUUUUAUUUUUAAUUUUGUAGUCAAACUGGUUGUACUCUUGUACUCCAGUUAAACAUUGUUCAUUGCAGCAGUUUUUGUACAGUUAUUUGAAUGAAAACAAUCGUCACAGAAAAGACUUGGUAUCAGCAAGGACUGCAAUCAUUAAGGAGGCUUCAACGGUAUCAGAACUGAUAAAAAUUAGAGAUCCCUCUCUCUAGUGUAGACUUGAUACAGCUGCACAGAACCCAAAAAUACCAAUCUUCAAAGAGGACAAGCUCACUAUUCUUUCAGAUGAUCCUGAGAUUAUUCUCUGAACAUAUCAGCCAUCAUUUUUUCAUUGUUAAAAUUUUUAUUCAUGUAACCUGUAAGGUGCAUUUUAUUUACUUUUCUGUAAACACUCUUAUUAUUUCAAGAUCCAACAUCAAGACCGGAUAAGAUUGGGGCCAAGUGUGUUGUGGGAGAGUGUGCCAUAUUUGCCACUCAUGUAGAAAGAGGCCACACAUGCUCAACAUUCAUUUGAUGACUUUUUUUUUUUUCUUUGAUUUGCAGUCAUGGUUUCUGGAAUUUCUGGAUUAUACACAUGUCAGAUCCGUAUAUUUCAGGGGCAUUUAAGAGAGCUGUCAGUUUCAGAAAAGGUGAGAAACUGUUGUCAAGUGGAAUUAUAAAAGGCUCCAGGCAAUAUGUCUGAACAGUGUUAGGCUGUGUUAAAAAGACUGUACUCAAUUUUUACUGUUUUCUGAGAGUUUUUUGUACUUUCAGACUGUCCAGCUGGUCAGAAUUUAGGUUUCAGAUUUAUUUACUCGGAACGUAGUGGCUCAAAAACAUUCAUGUCCCUGUAAACACUUUCCAGAUGUACUUUUCCCUGUUCCUAUCACAACACAACAACCUAACACUUACUGUAAAGAUGAACAAAAUAUUAGUAAAUAUUUUUGAAGCUCAAAUAUAGAAUAAACCGCCAAUAAUAAUCUUGAUUUGAACCCAAGUUUGUGUUCAAAUCUUUAUGUAUUGGCUCGCUGUAUUUUAGGGCUGAAAUAAUGAAGUUGUGAGAUUUCACCAUCAGUUAUUUCCCGUCCAUUACUGUCUCCCUUUUGACUCAUCUAAAAACUCACUGUCACCCCCUUGUAAGAUUACCAAACAGGAGCGUGAUCCACUCCAUGUGGUCAACACAUUAGUGUCAGGAAACAUGAUGACGUUAGGCCUCAGCCUGAUGUGCCUCCAUGUAGAUUUAUAUUUAUAUAUGUGUAAUAUAAGGAAAAACUGCUAUUAUAAAGGUAACUGAGUCUUUUCAGCUACAACAACAGUUUCAAUAGACUCUCACUGCAGUCAUUUGCUAACAUGCAGCCAUGGAAACAAGAAGAAAAAACGACCAACAACUCUUAUCAAAUAAGUCUAAAAAGGAAGCUUAUUGAGAUAUAUAAUCAGAUAUAAUAACCUGUAAAGUUUUCUUUUUAAGUGUGGGAGAUACACGGUUUAUCUUUCUGUAAUGUGUGAAAUCAAAGACACAUUUGUGCACAUGUGGCAGCAACAAAAACAGAACCAAGAUGUUUAUUCUAACAUCUGUGUGUGGGAAGAUGUAAACAAACUAAAUUAAGAAGUAUCACACGUCUUCCUAUCUGAAGUUAUAGACAACAUUAAAUAACAGAAACCGUGGUAGUUAUUAAGUCAGAGAACAGGUUGACUUCGCCCACAGACUCCUGGCAGAGGAACAUAGUACAUAGUGACAGUUUAGGCACUGGACUGUCGUGUGAAAUGUGCUUUAUAAUGAACUUGACUCAACUAAACAGUAAAAAAACUACAAAGCUUUAUGAUUUAGUUUGAUGGCGCUCGACAAACAGUGCUGCCAAUGUAGAUUUAAAGUUCAACCCAAACAGAGACGAAAUAAAACUGCCUUCUUCCCUAAUCUAUCAGAUUGAUUUAGCUCCUCGAAGAAUAGCCCAACAGGCUGUCAGCUUCAUUAAUCUCAAAAAUUGCAACAUGCCACAUCCUGCACUUAAUUAUGAACCCCCAUUCCUAUAGUUUCUUUAUUUGAGGAAAGAAUAUGACUUGAAAAUGUCCAUGUUUUACCUCCAAACUUAACCUCCUGUGUCGUUUAAGUUUACACAGACAUCUGGUCAGGAAGUCCCUCAAGGCAUUAUUAAUGAGCCCUUUGACUUACCCACUCAUUAAAGGGCCUGUUGGACUCCACAAACUGCUACAAUGCACAAAUUACCCUCAAAAAUGAAAAACUUUGAAUUCAUCAAUAGGAGGACCACCACUAUUCAACCUAAUCAUGAAGACCCUGUUCCUUUAAAUCUGGUUGUUGUUGUUGUCUAAAUUAAAGAUCUCGCCUCUUCAACAUGAAACAGAUUUGGCUCGUUUUCACAGGCAGUCGUCAACGUAAAAUCACACAGCAGGAAAUGUCUGCUCUUUCACCCACAUCAUGCAGGAAAGUCUCUGAAAAAAACAACAUGUCUCACGGGCAGGACCAAACAUUUAAACAUACAUGUACAAGAUGAGUCUGUUUGAGUCCCUGAUGUUGUUUGGUGUGAGUAAUCCAAUUAUUUGAGGGAUUUAUCGUCUUCCAAACAUUUCUAAUGUAAUAAAGAGAGAAAAUAAAUAAAACCACCAAAAUUUCUCAGUGUGCUUUUAAAGAACUAUUCCAUAUGUUUUGAUGGAAAGAUGUUCAAAUACAAUCAGAUAAAUGUCAGAUAAGGCCCAGAGUAUCUGUGGAUCGGUGGAUUAUACCUGGUGUGCUCCUCACCUACAAAUAAGAUCAGGACUUGGUGGGCUGGUAUCCCAGACACACAUUAAUCCUGGUUCUAGACUGAGGCGGCCUUUUAGAUCAGAUUAGCUUUUGUUUGCUUUCCUACAAAUGUUAUGAAAUGGGCUUAGAUUCAGCGCUGUUAGAGGAAUAUUGCUCUGAGUGGAACAACAGGGAGAGCUCGCAUAUUUGGUUACUUUAACUGUAGAUCAACAAGCAACUACUAGGCAAGGCAAGUUUAUUUGUAUAGCACCAUUCAUACACAAGGCAACUCAAGGAAAAAAUAUAUUGGAAAUGAAAAAAGAUAUAAAACAAUUAAGAAUCAAUAAGACAAAGAUAUUUUUUUCCUCUGUUCCGUGUUUGCCCUAAUUAUUCAUGAAAACCGUUGUUUCCCAGAAAAACAAAACAAGUAGCAGGCUUUAAGACCUUGAGGUCCCCAGCGUUCAGCCCAAGUCUCUAAGACUCUUCAGGUCCCUCAGUGCACAGUGAGUCCCUGCCCUGGAGCUCCCCUGCCUUUUGCCUGUUCUUCCCAUUUAAUUAGUUUAGUCCCAGUUUGGUUUUUAUUCCCCUGACGAGCAUGGAACAGAGGAAGCAUUUGUCAACAAUGCUUCCUCUAGUCAUGAGUUAGUUUGCAUUGAAUCCAUUUCUGAACAUAUUUUUGAGUGUGAAGUAAAAGUAAAGAAGAGAUACAGAGAGUUAAUUCUAAAUGAUACUUCCAUACCCCGUGAUAGUAAGCAGUGUUGGCUGUCUUUAUUUAUUGACUUUUCCAAAGCUUGACCCCGUCGAUCACAACAUCUUACUAAUGCCAUUAGGUUUUCUGAACAUACAGUUGGGUAGUUUGCCAACUAUCACUGGUAGAAAUUGGUGGAUACUGCUUCAGAGAUACUACAAAUCCACAAGGGGGUACCGCAAGGAUCAGUUCUGGGCCUUCUGCUAUUUACAUAAAUUUUCAUGGACAGAAUGUCCCAAACGCUACUUUUCUCUUCCGGCCUGAUCACGCUGCCAUUUAUGGUUGUGCAUCUACGCCUGCUAAACUUCUCUAAAAUCCUCAGCAUCUAUUUGAUUCAGUUGAAGAUCAGCUUGUUCGAAAUACAAACAAAACUUAACUCAUGUUUUUUACGUCUUCAAGAGUGGUGAAAACAGUCUCGUAAGGGGAAAUGAUUACCAAAGAACUAAAAAGUGAGAAAUUGAGUGGGUCUUUUUUUGAACACAGACUUUUUUAGUUCUACUAUAUUAGUGUGAUUGUUUUGUUGUAAAAACUUUGUGUUGGUGUCAUUUGUGGCCAAGUCUCCUUUGAAAAAGAGAGCUCUGAUCUCAGUGGAACUAAUCUGGCUGAAUAAAGGUCAAAUGAUGAUAAAAUAAAAACAUCACAGACAGGUUGGCAGCCAGCCACAGACAAGUCGCCACACUUACACCCAUGGGCGAUUUGGAGUAACCAAAUGACCUAACAAGUAUGUCUUUGCAUUCUUAACAGUUUGUCGGCUUUUAAGUUGAAUUUUUACCGUGUAUGGGUUUUAUCGGCUAUUUUAAGACGGCCCUCAGACGAUCCACGCUGCAUUACGCACGGAACUCUGCGCGGGACCCGGAAGAGUGGGAAUUUUAAAUGGCUGUGUGUGCGGACUGCAAAAUAAAAAACUCACGGUUGGAAGAGAAGCUUUGUCGUCUGCAAAAUGAUCUCCGUGAGAAGGAUAGGCUGCUGGAGGGCUUCAUAUCCGUCGCUUCAGCUCAAGCCGAACAUAUAUCCCUGAGUCAGGCCUCCAGGAUCACCGGUCUUUCGCCCUCGGCUCUGGCACCACAGCUGGUUUCGGCCUCCGCUGCCACUCUGCCCUGGUUGGCCUCCCUGCAUUCUCCGAUCGGGCCUGCCGAGGGCCCUGCAGCCGGGGGUCCAGCCGGCUCACCCGUGCCGCACAGCGCAAAGCCGGCAGGCUGUCUCCCCACCUCUCCUCCCGCGCAUCGGUAAAGUCAGGAUCUGAGACCGCUGGACGACCCUGACACUGGCAUGGUAGCGGGGCUCCCAGCGCUCCCUACCCACAGCUCGACCCCAAAGCUGAAGGGGCAGCAAACCUGGCUCGAGGUGGCGCAACGCGGACGGAGGACGACCGCAGCGGAGAGAGUCCCUUCACCACCACGGCUCUCUCUCUCCAACCGCUUCUUGGCCCUGAGGGAUGAGGCUCCCGCUGUCCUAGUCCCUGCUCCGGCUCCACCUCUCCUGACGGUCCCAGCUCCAGCUGAGGCGGCUCUGCGGAUGUCCAACUCGGACCUGGCACCGCGGCCUUCCUCGACCGGGAUACUGCGUCGCAGGCUGCUGAAGGAGGCCGUCUCCAGGCGCUCGGAGAGGCUCCCCCGGGCCGGCAACAACCUCACUCCACCUGCGUCCGCUCACUGCCGACAAUCGCCGUCUUCUGCACAGGUGGAGCGCCCAACUUCUGAAGGCUUCAGCGCCUGCACACCAGCUCCUCGUCCCCUUUUUCCCCCGACCACGCUCAUCAUCGGAGACUCCAUAACCAGGUACAUCAGGUUUUUUAAUGCCAUCACUCACUGUUUUCCCGGCGCCACGGUACCUGUCAUCCUGGACAAACUUCUUAAUCUACUCCCCUCUCUCCCCUCCUCCGUCACUAAGAUUGUGCUCCAUGUUGGUUCAAACGACAUGUCCCUUAAGCAGUCAGAAAUCACAAAGAGGGAUUUUAACUUGCUUUUUAACGUUUUAAAGGACACUGGAAAGACUGUUUUUAUCUCUGGCCCAAUCCCCACUCUCGGUCGUGGAGGGGAACGUUUUAGCAGGAUCCUCAGCCUCCACACCUGGCUCCAAUCCACAUGCUCCACCCACAACUUCGGUUUUAUUGACAAUUUUAAUCUGUUUUGGGACCGAGCAUCACUUUUUAGCCAUGAUGGGAUCCACCCCAACAGGCGGGGUAGCCGAAUGCUCUCUUGCAACAUCCAGUAUAUGAUCCACUCCUCACCCGUCUGACAGUCUGCACUCAGCAGCCCAUCUUUCCACAACCAGGCCACCCCCCCUCCUCCUCACAAUAACCUCUGGUCAUCUCAUAACAGUCCCACAAUCCCCGCUCAUUCACCUGCCAACCCCCACCUUCCUCUGCCCCCCCCCACUAGUACUUUCAGUAAAUCCGUGAUUCCAGUCCACAUCACAUCCUCACGUCCUCCCCGUCCUCCAGCCAGACUUUGUCCCCCCACCAAUCUCAUCCACAUCCCCCUGCUUCCUCGGCUACCCUGCCCUGCUUUUAACAGCAAACCUGCAAACUUUGGACUUUUAAACAUCAGAUCCCUCAACAACAAAACAUUUUUAUGCCAUGAUUUUAUUUCACAAAACAGUCUGGACUUUUUUAUUCUGACUGAAACCUGGCUGACUCCGGACAAUUGUAUUUCUCUUAUAGAAGCCACCCCCCCUGAUUUUACUCACCUCCAUCAGCCCCGGCAGUCAGGCCGGGGAGGGGGAGUGGCUGUCAUAUACAAGAAGGAUUUUAAAUGCACCCCCAUCACCUUCAGCACUUUUAGUUCAUUUGAGCACCUUGCUUUUAUUGUUAAAUUGAAAGAACCUAUUUUAAUCAUAAUCAUUUAUCGACCACCCAAACACAACGCUGUUUUUAUUCAGGAGUUUUCAGAGUUUCUAUCCCUUUUUAUUUGUAAAUAUGACAAAGUUCUUAUUUUGGGUGAUUUUAAUGUACAUGUCUGUUGUCCCUCUCAACCCUUAACUGUUGAUUUUAUUGAAACUCUGGACUCCUUUAAUCUUACCCAGGCUAUACAGGAACCCACUCAUGUAAAGGGACACUGCUUAGAUUUGGUUUUAUUUAGUGGACUUAGUCCUGGGGAGUUUUUAACUAAGGAUAUCUGUGUGUCAGAUCACAAACUGGUUUUAUUCUCCAUGGUUUUAUCCCAGCCCUCUUUUACCGAUCACACUCCUGUUUUUAGAAGGGUUUUUAAUGCUUCGUCUGCUAGCAAGUUUUCGGAGCUUUUUAUCUCUGCAUCUUUAACUGCCCUCAACCCAGAUUUUAAUCCAGUUUUUAGCACUGAAGAGCUUGUCUCUCUUUUUAACAGUAUGUGUGGAACCAUCCUGGACUCUGUAGCUCCUCUGAAAAAGAAAAGAUCUAACAGAGAACCCCAACCCUGGCUCACAGAGUCCACCCAUGAACUAAAGAGAAUUUGUAGACGAAACGAACGCAAAUGGAAGAAAACUGGGUUGGUGGUUUUCCUCGAAAUUUGGAGAGACUCCUUGAAAAACUACCAGAAGGCAGUUAAGGAUGCAAGGGCAGCAUUUUACUCAAAUUUGAUUUUAGCUAAUUAUUCAAACCCCAGAGUUUUAUUCAAGGUUUUAGAGUCUCUUUCAAACCCUUCCCCCUCUUAUUUUACUGAUGCUUCUUAAGAAACCUGUGAGAAGUUUUUAAUUCAUUUUAUUAACAAGGUUAUGGACAUCAGGCAUCAAAUCACCCCUCCCAGUCUCCCUGUGCUCUUAAGCCGGGAAGUUAAGCACUUUUUUAGUAGUUUUGAGCCGGUGUCCUUAAAAUUUUUAUCUGAUAUUUUAGUCAAAAUGAAACCAGCUACGUGCAGUCUUGAUUCUAUCCCCACCAGAUUUCUCAAAGAGGUUUUUAACGUGGUUGGGCCUAGCAUUUUAUCAAUCAUUAAUAGCUCUCUAGUGGAGGGAGUAUUUCCCUCUGCUUUUAAACACGCUGUGGUCCAACCCCUUUUAAAGAAGCCAAACCUUGACCCCUCUGAUUUUAACAAUUUUAGACCAAUUUCAAAACUUCCAUUUUUAUCCAAACUUUUAGAGAAGGUGGUUUCUAAACAGCUUUUAGGUUUUAUGUCCGAAAACAACCUCUUUGAGAAAUUUCAGUCUGGUUUUAGAGCAGGUCACAGCACUGAGACUGCCCUCCUCCGUGUGACCAAUGACCUUCUUUUAGCAGCAGAUAGAGGGGAGGGCUCAAUUUUAAUUCUUUUAGAUCUCAGUGCAGCUUUUGAUACAGUUGAUCAUACUAUUUUAAUUGAACGUCUUAAAAACUGGGUGGGUGUCAGGGGCACUGCACUUGGCUGGUUUCAGUCGUAUCUUUUAGAACGAACCUUUGCGUCACCAUAGGCAAUCACACCUCCUCUACUUCUCCUAUCGCCUGUGGUGUUCCGCAAGGUUCAGUUUUAGGUCCAAUUUUAUUUUCUAUAUACAUGCUGCCCCUUGGCCAAUUAAUUCAGCGCCACAAAGUCUCCUUUCACUGCUAUGCAGACGACACACAGAUAUACCUUCCUUUGAGACCUGAGGACCCAAGAGGCCUAGCUGCUGUCAUGGACUGUCUAAGUGACAUUAACUGUUGGAUGGCACAAAAUUUCCUUCAGCUAAACUAUUCAAAAUCUGAAAUAAUUCUCUGUAACAUACAAAACUCCCCCCUCAUUCAGUCUUGUCUCGGUCCACACUCAGUAAUCAUCAAACCAACAGCCAGAAAUCUGGGAGUAACCUUUGAUUCAGACCUCACCUUCUCCACCCAUAUCAACAAGAUUGUCCAGUCCUGUUUCCUUCCACUACGCUCCAUUUCAAAGAUUAAACAAAUACUCACCCCACCAUUAUCUCGAAAAGAUAAUCCACGCCUUCAUUUUCUCAAGACUGGACUAUUGUAACUCUCUCCUCCCUGGUUUAAACAAGAAAUCACUCUCUCGCCUCCAACUAGUUCAGAAUGCAGCAGCUAGACUUUUAACUGGUUUUAGUCGACGGCAUCACAUCACCCCAAUUUUAGCCUCCCUUCACUGGCUCCCUGUCAGCUUUAGAAUUGAUUUUAAGAUUUUAUUGAUUACUUUUAAAGAGUACGGACUUACUUUUAAAGGACUUACUCCGAGCUACAUUUCAGAGCUUUUAAUAUCUUAUGAGCCAACUCGCAGCCUCAGAUCCUCUGGCGAAGGCCUCCUGGUCGUUCCAAAGUCGAGGCUCAAGACUAAAGGUGAUAGAGCUUUCUCCAUCAGAGCUCCUCGACUUUGGAACGACCUGCCAGAGGAGAUAAGGCGUGCAGAGACAGUCGCUUCUUUUAAGUCAAUUUUAAAAACUCACUUUUACAGACUUGCCUUUAUGUGAUGCCAUCUUUCAUCUUUUAUUGCCUUUUACCGUUUUUAUUUUUCUCCUUUUUCUUUUACCUCUUUCACCUCUUUCUUAUUUAGACUUACUGCCUUUUUAGCCUUUGUUUUACUUAUAAUCUUUUUAUUGAUUUUAAUGUUUUCAUUUUCCUUUAUUUUAUAUAUAUAUAUUUAAUUCCACUUUAUCAUUUAUAUUACCAUCAUUUUAUUUUAUUAUGAUUUUAUUAUUAUUAAUAUCCUCUUUCAUACUUACUAGCCUGUUUUCUUCCCUCCUUUUCUAUUUCUUUUUUUUGCUUUUAUUUUGGUCCUCAUGGUCCCAUUUAUUUUGUAGGGUUCUUGUAUUGCCUUCUUACGAAAAGUGAAACAGGCCUACAAUUCAGAGGCCUGUUUUUAACUGAGCUUUUGUUUUUAUGUGUUUUUAUUUUCAAUGUGCUGAUGCUCUGUGCUUACAACUGUUGUCUAAGCACUUUGUAAACUUCUGUUUUUAAAGGUGCUAUAUAAAUAAAAUUAUUAUUAUUAUUAUUAUUUGCACUGUGGAAGGAAGCUAAAGAAUCUGGAGGGAACCCAUGUACGCAGAGGGGCCCCCCCGUCGCCUCAGCCAGGACUCAAAUUCAGACCCUACCCACUGUGACGUGCAGCCUCAGGCAUGACACUGACAGAAAUGUUGACUCCUUUACAGUAUGUUGUACUUAACCAAACCAGCUCAUCAGGAAGAGUUUCGACUCUGACUGAAUAAUUAUUUUCAUGCUAAUGGAAGUAUUUAAGUAUUAGCUCAUACUAUCAUUGUGUAAAUGACAAGAGUACAUUAGCUUUAACAGCUGAAAAUGUUUAGAGGGAUCGUUUCAGAUAUUGAAAAAAACACCCAAUACUUGACACAAACACACUAGAACCCCUCAAUACACCCAAGUUGAGUUUUGUUUCUGUUGUUUUCACUAAACGCAACUGACAUUAAGCAAAGCUUACGAAAAGAUCCGUGAAGGUUGUGUACACACUCGAGCUGGGUGCAGUAUUCUGUUGUCAGAUGAUGUUCACUGCACACCUGCCCAAAUACGUAAGUGGUGAGAGGAGGAGAGAAGAGAAGAGGGGAGAGAAGAGGAGGGUAGGGAGAGACACGACAGGAGAGCAUGUGAUCCUGACUGAUGCAGUAUCUCUGACGUGAUGUUCUGUACACAACUGUGCAAAUGCCAUGUGACACAUGAGGCUCUGUGAACGUUAUGGUCAAGUUUUCCUGCAUUAUACUCGCCAGAGUAUGGGAGGAUAAAAUAUAUUUCUUUCUUUUAUGCCAAAACUCAAUCCAUGCUGUGUGUCAUUCUGUAUGAGAAGGAGGAAGUGCACCUCAGGAUCACAUGAAUAGUGGGGAUCCAAAAUAUCGUUAGCAUAGUAUCAGUAUGGGCAGCCGAUGCCUUAAAAACUUGUAGUUAUGGGUUUUAGCAGGUAUGAAAAUUUCUGCUGAUGAUGCGUUCAGCUGAUAGGAUGAGGAAUUCAUGAUGAAUAGGUGAUGACAAAGUGAAUAUUAGAAAAGGAAUACAUUGAUCAUUUAUGGGAGAAUCAAUUUGUGUUUGCGUUUUUAAUGUCUCUCUCUUAAAUAGACAAUAAUAGCAGGUGCAUCCUCAGACAGGAGAGUCUCAGUGCUUGAUACGUUCAAAUUAAAAGUGUGUAUACUGGGGCUGUCCAGAUAUACUGGUAUUAGGGGUGUCCCAAUACAACCGUUUUACCUCCAAUACGAUACUGAUAUUGUAGCCUUCAGUAUUGGCUGAUACCGUUAUUGAUCUGAUAUUGGCAUAAACUUGUGCAUGACAAGUUUUGCACUCAGUUGAAACGUCUUUUUCGGAGUUUAACAAAAAAUGCUGCCACACAGCUGACAUCACUCCGACUCCUCGGUACUUUGUUAUAAACUUAGUACACACUGUUGUAAUGAUUUUGUGGGCUCUGCAUGCUGGAUCCAGGUGCUGCUAGAAAGAGGUGCCAGAGCGGAGUCUGGAAUGGACUGCUUGUAUCGGACGGAGUGCCGAUAUCAAAGAUUUUGGAUACAGGCAGAUUUAAUCAGAUAUAUAUUUUUUUUGCUGAUAUUGGACCGAUGUCUGAUAUCAAUAUCGUAUCGGGAUACCCCCAACUGGUAUAUAAUGAUUCAUAACAUUUCAUGUCAUGAAUCAAUCAAACUUUAUUAUUUUCUCACUGUCCUUUUAUGGUGUUCACUUGGAUGACAGAAUUUUAAAUCAGACAGAUUUCAACUGAGUCUUCAUGUAAACCCACCUACUUAGCAGUGGAUUUAUAUGUUGUCCAAUUUCCAUUCAAACAGCAUAUUGGUGUGUAUGAAUAUGUCAGCAAAAAGUUUACUAUGAAGCAGCAGGUGGAGGUUUUAAUGUUGUAGAAGAACGGAGCCCUUUGUAAUUUGAUGUUGAUCCAAAAAAAUCUAAAGUUAUCACAUGGACAAACAGUGAAUUUGAAUAUGUGUGUGUUUUUUUAAAGCUGAAUCUGAUCUGAAUUUUAUCAUCCCUUAUUUUUAAUCUUAUUUCAUUAUCUGAUAGAUACCUUGUGGUCAGUCUGUUUUACUGGCAGUUUUCGACACCUUGAUGUCUUCACACAUUUUUUUUUCAAAACGUCUAAUUUCACAAGCUGCUUUCUUAGUAAACACUCAACAUCUGCUGCAACAUUCGGCCUGUUAGCUCCUGUUUGCAAGAGAAACAACAAUGUCAGAGAGGAUCUAAAUCAAACAUGAAGCUGCUGCUUUAAAUGAACACAGAAACGAGCGUCUCCUUUUAAUCAUUUAGCAUAACAAAGCAGCGUGUAACACCUACCUAGCUCGCUGACAAGCUAAACAGGACAGGGAGUUUUGUUUGCUCUGUGCCAAAGAGGCAAAGUGUUUCUGUGAUUCAGAGCAGCUUUGACAGUGUUGUUGCUUUAGCUAACAGGAGCCAACGGGAGCUAUCGGGCUAAAUUUGGGAGUAGUUGUUGAGUGUGCUAGCUUGAGGCGCGGGGCGGCAUUAGAGGGGCUGAAAGGUGAGAGGGCGGUGACAACACUGCCACCAACAAUGACAUGACCGGUGGCAGUGUGAGAAAAAAGGUUGACAUUGAAUAAAAGGUUUAUUAUGCGGUGUAAACAGUCUUUAGAAUAAAUGAGGUAACAUCUUUAUACUGAAGGGAAAGUAAUUUCUUUAUUUCGCAGAUUGUUUAGAAUUUAUUUCCUCCUUCUUUUGUGACAUCUCUUUCUCAUCUGCUGUAAUACUAACCACUUUUGGGCUCAAUAGAAGAGAUCGGUGUUUUAAUUUUUCAAAGCCUCCAAAGUAAAGCAAAGGAUCCAAGUGACAAAGUUUUCCUUCAGGCAGCAUUAUCCCUCAAACACACACCGUCAGUUUACACUCAUUAUACAAUGUUUGCUGUCAGUAAUGAUCCUCUUAAAAGACUCUCUAAGAUCACGGUGGCACAUCUGUCAGCGCUGGUGGACAGUUUUUAUUUGUAAAAACACCUUUGCACAUGAAAUCUGAAAGAUUCAAACACUCUGAUUAUUAUUUUCUCUUCAGAGAGUCAAAUUUUAAACAGGCUUGUAAAAUGUUUGCGUGUAUUUGAAAGUUAAGCAGAGCAGAUCUCAUUAAUCCUGCCCUGUGCCAAAGCCUUUGUUACAGUCGGCUCCAAACUGCCAAGACAAACUUUCAUAUCUGUUCACAGUGCAGGUUAAAAUGAGCUGAGAGUAACACGGCAGAUCAAUCCCUCAGAUAUAUCCUCGGGCAGGUCUGCGGUUGUACAACAGAUCCAAAGUAAAUUGCUUUCUUGUAAUGUUUUCUGCCUCCCAGACAAACCAACUUUUUUUCAUGUCAGUUGGCGUUUUGAAGCAAUCCAUGUUUGCCGUUUCCUCCAGGCCUCAACAGUCACACAGUCACUGAGCAAAGAUAAGAUGUAUGACUCUGGUACACGUUGUGACCCGUGUUCUCAUUUAAUCCCGAAGCUAAUGUAUUCAUAUGAAUGCUUUUGGAAGAGGGAAUAUGGAGGAUUAGAAACCAAUUUUGAAACUUGAUUUGCAUAAACCGGCACAUAUGAAACAAAUCAGAACUCCAAGACAAGUGAGAUAUUUUGAGACUUUUGGUAAAUCAUUUGUAAAUCUGUUUUGAAUUUAACCCGGACUCCUCUAAAUCCAAGGUUUGCAUUUGUCUCACAGUUUGAUCAUAAGGUUAAAAAACAAGCUGAAAAAGCACAUCAGCUCUGUAACACUCAACUGAUGAGGACAAACAAUCCAAGAUUUACACGUCCCAUGGUCCUGCUGGUCUCUAAUAAAAAUGGAUUAUUUCUCUUUGUUUUAUAACCCGUCCUGCCCAGAUUGUUUGUUUGAAUAUAAACCAGGCAGUAAAACAUAUGAAUGCCGAUCUGUGGCAGCUAUUUCAGCGCUUUCAAAUUUUCCCUCUGAUUGUUUCGCCGUCCUCUUGGGUCCCGUGUUUAUUCAGCGUUUGUUUGUUUAUUUUUGAAGCAUUUAAAAGUCGCCUGCGGGACUCUUUCUUUCCAGCCUCCUGCUCUUAUUGUUUAAUAAAAACUCUUUACAGCUAUUUGUUUAUUUUCUUUACUUAAAGAACUGAGCGCUUGAAGCUGUUGAGGCAUUCAUGCUGUUUCUUAAUAAACACAGAGUUUAAUGUCAUUUCCCUUUUUUUCUCUCUUUUUUUUUUUUUUUUUCUUUUUACAGAUCUUCCUGCUGGCCUGUCCACCAUGCAAAACGGCAAUGGUUGUAUUUCGGUGAGUAGAUUUACCCCCAACAAAGAAAGAUUCGACAAAGCACUCAACUCACUAUACAACACAGUUUAUGAGCCUUAAUUCUCAGAAUUUAUGAAGUAUUAGAAUUUAUCAAGUUUACCUAGUUUAUGUCCAGGCUUUGAAAAUAGAUCACCUUACACCUAAAUAACUCUAUUUCCUGUUUUGAUCAGAAUUAGAGGUACUUCAGUCAACCAGCUGGUGACCAGGCUCAGCCAGUUGUCAGCCCAUUAGGCCAUGAUUAGUGAUCAGCUGGUCCUCUUCAUCACAACUGAUCCCACAGAUUUAUAUCCAUGAGCUGCAUGAUUCAUCCCAUGGACACAAUCGCUAACUGGCAGCAGCUAAAUACACACUCACACACACUCACACAGAAAACAGCAAUCAUGCUAAUGGAAAAGGAUGUUUUUGCAUCUGUGUCAAGAAGCAGAAUCAAAACUCAAGCCAGGAUUUAACGCAGCAGCAGGGUAACUAGUUUAAGAUCUGGUUAGUAGCCAAGUGAUAAAACCUCAGACUGUGAGCAGGUGGUUUAAAAGUGAGGAGCAUCUCUUAUGCUGUGUUCUACUUACCUCGGAUGUCGGAAUUAUUUCUAGUAAACAAGUGGGAAAACCAAGAUGGAUGCAUACUGUUAGCCGCUGUCAGCUGUUGUUAGUUGUUGUUAGCUAUACCAGUUGUAAACUACGCAUGACGCAGUAUUUUACUCUUACAAACCCCAUAGCAACGUGCUCAAAGUUAGACGUUAGAAACAAAACAGUGCCAAUAAAUAAUAAAUUACGAGAGCUUUCACUGUUACUCUUUCCUGUCGAUGCACUGCGCUGCCAUCUUGGAUUAUAAGGUUGUUAUCAAGUCGGGGUUGGUAAGGAUCAUCCGACUCUCCGAGUUAGAAAUCCAACUUCAGGGGGGUGUUCCAGAUGAAUUUCUGACUUGGAGCUCGGAAAUCCCGACUUCCGAGUACAACUGGAACGCAGCAUUAGCUGAGGAGUUUAUUGAUUGAUGCACAUUGAUAAUUGAUGAACAAAAACAUUGUUAAAAAAACUCUUUACAUGCACAAAUACCAUUAACUGUGGUAUCAAGGAAGAGGAUGGCAGUCAAGUGCAAGCAAAUAGUCUUUAAAAACUGUCACCAGUUAUUCACAUUUCCUUUAGGAGAGUGUGGCAGUAAACUCCUCUGUUUGUGUUAAUUGUAUUAGAAUAAAAAAAGCAUUGUUUAAAUCUCCCUAAAAAGUGAUCUCAGUACAGAGGAUAUUUAAAUGGAUGAUUUAAUGGUUACAACUGUCAGCUGGCCCUCGUGUACCAGUUUGAACCUACCUGUGAGGUACUGCUGCAUCAACUGUAAUAUUGCAUUCAACAUCCUGACUCUGUUUUUCUGUCAUCUGGUUAUUUACCUCCGCUUUAAACCUUUCAACCUGUUGUAAAUGAAAAUUGUAAAUGCACCACAAAAUAAUUAGGCAGGCAGAGCGAAUUCAGCCCCAGAUUUUAUGGUCAUAUAAAAGCAAUCACCUCUUUCAUUGUUAUUACUUGUAGGCUCCUGCAGUGUAAAUUGGCUCUCCACACUGAUUUUAUUGUAAUGAAUUUGUUGGGUUUAUAGUCUUGUGUCCUGUUAAACGGCUCUGGUCCGGACAGCUAAUUAAUCCGGAGAAUGCCCUUGUUUUUGCCGAGGGGGGGAACGCAAAGUUAGAUUCACUCCGAAAUGAAUACAGGCAGGGUCACUUUGUGGCGCCCAUGGGAGUCACAAUGAACAGCUGCAGAGAGGGGUGACAGUUUAAUCAAGGUGUGUCUCACCUGAAAGGAUCGUAAAGUAGUGAGUUUAUGAAGUUUACAAAGGCCUCAAAACAAGUUUCUCAAAUUUGGAAAAAGAAAUCAUCCACUUGGAGAAUAUUUCACACAGUCUGGACAAGUUUACAUGAGCUGACUCAGCCUAUAGUAGACACUGUCAAAUCCAGUGUAUGAGACUCACUUUUGAUGGUAAAAACUUAGUUUAUCCAGAAGAUGGUGCUCCAAGAAGCAAGUGCCCGCUUCACUCCUUAAAGGGAUGUUCCGGCAUAAAAUUAAUUUAGGGUCAAACACACUGUAACAAGUUAGACACCCCAUGAGAGAUGAAUGUUGCCGACCGCUUGCUUCUCUAGUUUUACCAACUUUAGUAACGGCUGCACGAUAGCAAUACACAGCGGUCUGAGGAGCCAUAAACAAACCUCAACCAAAACACCACUCUAUAGCCACUAACAAUGCUCAGAACAGCACCUAACUUCAUCAACAGUACAUAUAGGGUCCCAGCCACAGCACUAACCACCAAACAUCUUUUAAGCUUUGCCUGAUUUCUUUAACAAAGAGACGAAACACAACUAACCUACUCUCUUCCAGCAGCCGCUUGUUUGUAGCAAAACCUUGGACCAGUCCAUUACGGACUACAGCAGAGUGACGCAGCUCAAGGAAGAACAUUUAUGAUAAUUUCUUCAUGGAAAUGCAAUCAGACUGAGAUGCUAAGGCAGAAGAACUACUGUGUCUGCAGUGCAAAAUGGUUAAUAUGAUUUCAAUAAUAUUACUUCAAGGAAAUGAUAUAGAAAUUAUGGCCUGAGGUCUCACUACAAACAAGCGGCUGCUGGAAGAGAGUAGGUGAGUUUUGUUUAGUCUCUUUGCUAAAGAAAUUAUUCAAAGUUAAAAAGAUGUUUGAUGGCUAGUACUAUGGCUGGGACCCUAUAUAUACUGUUGAUGAAGUUAGGUGCUGUUCUGUGCAUCAUUUGUGGCUAUAGAGUGGCGUUUUGGUUGAAGUUUGUUGAUGGCUCCUCAGACUGCUGUGUAUUGCUAUUUUGCGGUCGUUACUAAAGUUGGUAUAACUAGAGAAGCAAGCGGUUGACAACAUUCAUCUUUCGAAGGGGAUGUCUAACUCGGUGUUACGGUGUGUUUGACCCUAAAUUAAUUUUACACCGGAAUAUACCUUUUUAACCAUGCUAGAUCCAUAGAAAGACAGAAGUCUGAGAGCAUCACCACCACUUUUUAACAGCUUUUAUUAUCAGGUCAUACCCAUGCCUUUAGAGAAAACAUUGGUGCACUAAUAAGUAAAUAAACACUCUGCACUGAUUUAAAAGCGCCCUCAUUAAAAAAGAAGUUCACCAGUGAACCAGUUGCAGGUGGUGGGUCCAUACCACACAAAUAUCAAAACUUUGCUUCAGUACUGCAGUGGUAGCUAACAAGCUGGUGAGAACAGAUGGCGCUAGAACGAGCUCUACAUUUGCAUAGAAACUGCAUGAAAACAGUUCAGACCUUGUCCCUCUGGGGGCCCCUUUCACAGUGUUUAUCAUGUCUGUCAGUAUAUAUAUGACCUUUACACCAGCUUUUAUGGUAUUGCCCUUAUGUAAUGAUUCCAUUGAUUUCUUCCCUUGGUCAGAACAUUGACACUAGUGCUUUAUGUAACCAUGCUGUUUCUUAUUUAUCUGAGCACUAAAACUAAGAGGUCAAGUGGAGCUCUAGGGUGUUGACUUGGCUGAGGUCUGAGUAGAAAGCCUGAUGAUGGUUCAAACUACUGCGCCUCAUGAUUCAAGUCUUUUAAAAGAAGGAAAUCUGACAAAAUGUUAGUAUUUUAUCAUUCCCAAUCUGAUCUGCAACUAAAAAAGACAACUAACAUUUAAAGUUUGUGACAACAGGUGGCUCCAGAAAACAUACAUUUUUAUAAACCAUCAGUCAGAGAGCAGCUGAUAAUAACAUUCAGUCAUUUUCUUAGCUUUUUAGUUUGGUUACUGUUUCAAUCAAAGGUUAAAUGAUCAGGAUUUAUGUGAAUACCCUAAGUUUAUAAGAAGUAAUACAUAAAGAUUGUUGUGUGAUGACAUAGUUCUUGAAAAUCAAUCACAUCCAUUGACUGAAACUAUAUUUCACUUCCUCGUUCUGCAGUUUUCAGUGCUGGUUCAUUGGAGACAUACAGUCUGAUAUAAUCCUCCAGCAGCUGUUUUAUAAAAACACUGCAGAGGAGAAACUGCUGUGUCUGUUUACAGCACAACCAGUCUUUUAAUGAGGGAGUCAGUCAAUAAUUUGCCUUUUCUACACAACUACAGAGCGCAGUCAAAUAUGUUGGUUACCUUGCUGGGAAGUUGGAGGUUUGCGGCUGGUCACCCACAGUCCUCUAUUUAAUAGCUGUUUUACUCUUUCUUCUGUUUCUCUGGAAUAUUUUGAUGGUGACAGCCUGGCAGUAAAAGUGUAUGUGUGUGUUUUACCAUUUGAAUGUUUUUAAUGAGAAACACCAGACCAAGAAAUGCUCUGCUUGAAAAAAAACAGUAACUCAGUACAGUUCUGAUGCAGCUCCAGGAAAAGAAAAAAAACCUGUUCUAUUGUUUGAGGACAGUUUGAGUAUUUGUGAAGAAUAAGGGAGCAUUGUGUAGCAAUACACAAAGAAAACCUACCAAAAACUGUUUUAUAAUGACGUUUGAUUUUAGGGGAAAAUCAUUUAAAGCUACAAAUGAUCAUAGCUCACCAAAAGAGGACAGAAUCCAAAAAUCGAUGUGUUUGCUUUGUCUUGAUUAUCAGUUUAUCACUGAAAUCAUCAGUUUGUGUUGGGGGAGAAACAACCAGCACCAGUAUCAGUAUUAAAGAGCAUGAGACCACUUUUGACUGAUGACCCCUCUGCUUGGUUUCUGCAGCUUUUGUUCACUCAGUCAGGACACAGUAAAGCACAGAGAAGCAGAUACAGCUCACACAGCAAAACAAUCUCAGACGUGUGUAAGAUGGAUGCAACCAUGCACAAAACCAAAUUAUAUUCAGCUAUGCAUUAGUAUGCUGAGAGGAAAUGGAAGCACGGCUAAGCGAGGAAACAAAGUAUAUGGAUAGUGUGGAGGAGCUCAGUGUUAGUCUGAAUUUAAAUGCCACCAUAUUGUAUAGGGGUGGGAAUCAACAGUGGCCUCACAAUACAAUAUUAUUACGAUACGUGGGUCACGAUAUGAUAUUAUGACGAUACUUGGGCCACGAUACGAUAUUAUCACGAUACUUGGGCCACGAUACGAUAUUAUCACGAUUCUUGAGCCACGAUACGAUAUUAUCAUGAUACUUGGGUCACGAUACGAUAUUAUCAUGAUACUUGGGCCACGAUACAAUACUAUCACGAUACUUGGGCCACGAUACGAUAUUAACACGAUACUUGGGACAAGAUACAAUAUUAACACAAUACUUGAGCCACGAUACGAUAUUAUCAUGAUGCUUGGGCUAGAUAUGAUAUUAUCAUGAUACUUGGGCCAUGAUACGAUAUUAUCACGAUGCCUGGGCCAUGAUAUGAUAUUAAAAGAGAUGAUACAAUAUAUCACCAGACAAAAUAUCACGAUACUAUGCUGUAUCGAUUCUUUCCUCUUACCCCUAGUAUUGUAUUAGUUUACAAAGAAUCCCAACUAAUGAAGCUUUGGAGCGGGGAUUGAAGGUGACUGACUGAUAUACUAAAGAAUACUAAAGCCAAAUGAAAAUGUGUCCUUUUUUGAAUAUGAUAGAGGAGCCUCAUAUUUGUCAACCAAUAAAUGCAUGAAUCAUAUUUGUUCCAAUCAGGACUGUAGCCCCUCAGACUGACAGUCUGCUUCAUUUGAACAGACACUCCUACAGCACUGCUGCUUUUCUCGGUGACCUUUACUGUCACAACAGUUAUUUCAAGUCAUUUAACAGAGCAAACAGUCAGUGGAGAUGGAUGGAUAUCUACACGCUGACACAGGAACUCCUGGGCUUCCUCAUACUGCAGCUUUUCGGAGUAAUAAUUGGUUGGGAGAAACAUUUCUCCUCAUGUUUACUGAACAAGCAUUGCACUCCCUCUGUCUGCAGGAUCAGACAGGCUGUGUGUGAGCUGAAUGGUGAGUGAGAUGGAAGUAAGGAAUACUGAUUCAGGACUGGAUUGUGUCUGAACCUAACCACUCAUUAGAGCAAAACCAAUAAACCAACCAGCAAUGACCAUCAAUAUAGACCCAUGACAGAUAGACUGGGAUCUGCUCAUAUAGAUCCAACAUGUUUUCAACAAGCUUUCAGUUUAUAAAAGUAGAAAAUAGAGAGAAAUGCUCUGGAUGAUUUAGGGUUGUUGUAAUAAAGUGUGGCCAUCGUCCAGUGUUGAAUGACCACAUAGUUUAUCACCCUCUCAGCGCUGUCUGCAGCUGGGUGCAGCGUGGCCCACACUUGAUUUGUUGUGGCAGUCCUCUGAGUACUUUGACUGGUCAUAAUGGUGCAAAAUAAACCUGUAAAAGUUCAUAUUUUCACUCCAGAGAUGAACUCGAGCUCUCAGAUUUAUUAGUAAAUAUUUCCUCCUGUGGUGAAUCAAAAUAUCCAUUAAGUUCUAAAUCAAUGUGAUUUGCAAGUGAAAGACAGAUGCUUCUAACAGCAUCAGGGAGGACUCUGAUUGAUUUUUAGAAACAUAAAACAUGACCUGCCUAACCCUCACCACCUGCUCUCUUCUGCUUAUACCAGUGCUAAAAUAUUCAAACAAUAAUAUCAAUGAAGCAAUAAUGUGUGCCAGCUAGAGACUGUGGAAAAAAAAUCAUGCGAAGCUCCCACGGAUGAUGUAGGAAGUGUGUUUUAUCAGGCAUUCUUGUCACUGGAAAUGUUUUCUUUCCUGUGUGUGUUUCCAGGCUGCAGGUCCACAUGCUGAACGGGGCGUUACUGGCUUUAAUGUUCCCUGUUGUCAACACCAGACUGGUGAGUAAAAGGAUUCUUGAGUUACUCCGCUAGAGUCUAAAUGUUGGCCCAUGCGGCAGAAAGUACUCGACUGAUGAUGGGAAUCGGCUGUUUAGUGAAGGAAAUCAGUUCAGCCCGCUUAAAAGACUUCCACUGACAGCUGCAGACAGAGAGCAGAUUCAAGACAUAAUGCACUUAGUUUCAAUUCAAUUUGCUGAAAUGACAUCAAGAUCUGACAGUCUGAACUUUGUCCAACUCUAACAGAAAAAGUCGCACCAAACGAAGGCCAGCUUUCCUGCCCUAACUCCAUUUGCCUGUUAGAUAAAGGACCGGUUUUCUCUGUCAAAGGAAGUACUGUUGGUCCUCACAGCACUGUGACAGUGUGUGGGGUUACAGGUCAAAACAGAACAUACAGUAUAUGCAAAAUAUUUUUCCCACACUAGAUGUUUGAAGAAAAAUGAAGCUGACUUGAACUUAAGUUUUACCACGGUUCUUGCAGUCAAAUCUAGGACGUUUAAGACCUUAAACAGAGUUUAUAAAGACGUUUAAUGCCAACUUUACAGCCAUAGCAGCAGUAUGCUGUGUUCAAUGUUUGCAUUUAAAGUUCCAGAUCUUGGUUGUUAAAGCGGCUUUAUCAGCACAGGUGAUGAUGUUGGGUCAACAGCUGAAUCAUCACUAAACAGGCCUUCGUAAAUAAACCUCAUUUACAGAGUAUGUGGGUCUGUGAUGUUUAUCUUUUUCAGCUGGGUCUCUGUACUUUUUUAUGAAAGACACUUUAUCAGAGACAAAGUGCUUUCAUUACCUUAGGCAAACCGGAAAUAAUAAGAGAGGGUGUCGGGGUCAGAUUUCUAGUACGGCACGUAUCAACAAAUUUGUACAUUCCACGUGCGCACAAUCUUAACUUGAGAUCAUCUCCAGGGAAACGGUGAAGUUGAGAGAAACAGGCCUCUUUUAUAAUAAUAAUAAUGCAUCAGAUUUCAUAUAGCGCUUUAUCAGAGACCCUCAAAGCGCUUUACAUUGGAUACAUCAUUCAUUCGUUCACACAGUCACACUUUGGUGGUGGUGGAAACGUGGCUGCCAUUCUGCGCCUACGGCCUCUCCGACCACCACCACACAACACUCACAAUCAUACACCAGCUUGAAUCUUACAGCAGAACCUCCAGAACAUGUUAAGGUCUGCAGUUUAAACCACUGCCAAGAUCGGGCCUUGUUAAAUGAGCUCCUGUGAUUUUUACUAUGAUAUCCUAGUCUGAGGGAGGAUAUAAACCUUUUUUUAUUUAUGGUCAAAGUAGGCAGAAGUACAGUUCAUUAAGUCUAAUACACACAAAGAGCAGACAUAAUAUAAAGUGAAUGCCCAUAAUACAAUAAAAUACAUGACAAAACAGAAUGAAAAUGGCAAAUUCUUGUCCAAAUCGACCAAAGUCAGCUUCACUAAACAGCCAGAAGUGUCCGCCCCCAGUUCUUUCGUUGUAGAUAACAGCGAGGAUGUUUCUGUUUCCUUCCUGACAGCUGAUUCUUGCGAGAGCUCACACAUACUCCUUGCUAACAGUGUAAACACCACCUGUACUGCCAUAUCAUCAGAGUCACACUAAACAGAGUCGUUAUGCUACACCAAAGGAAACACAUUUUACGCUUUAUUUUUUUAAAUUUUUUUCUCUGUACAAAAUGUCCAGUGAGAAAUUCAGACAGUAGAUACCACUGAGACCGUAUUUUGUAAAUAUAAGAUCAAAUUCUUUUAAAAUAACAUGAUAAAGAACUUCGUGGUACUUUAGGUAUCCCUAAUAAAAUUUCCUCUAGAAAAAGUAUUUUAAAGAUGGCGCUCGUAAGUUUGCUUUUUAUUCAUCUAAAUCACAGAUUCCCACUUCAACACACAGUCUAUCGUCUUAUUAAUAAUGUAGAGCUCCAGGCCUUCAGACCGUCUGUGUGUUCAGACCGUUUAGACUGUGGUGAUCUCUGGCUGUUGAUGCUGGUCUGAGGUCAGUGCAUUAGAGCAACGCCCUGACCGCGUGCAGGAAGUCUGUCUAUUUUACACUGUCUUAAAGUAUACAAAUCCAGCUCAGACUAUACACAGAAAUCCCUCCUGAACGUGUUCAGCUCCCUCCUCUUUAUCUCACUCUGAAAAAUGUAAAGACUUCAAAUAAUUCAACAGGGCCCUGAUAAGAUCGAAUCUCUGCUCAGAGACUCUGUAGGUCUGUCUGUGCGGCAUCAUCAUUAUCUUGUGUUGUGAAUUUGCUCCGCAGCUUCCAUUCGAGAAGGAGAUCUACUACAUCCAGCACUCCAUGCUCUACCUGGUGCCUCUUUACCUUUUCAGGAAAGGAGGUAUGUGUUGUUCUUUAGCCAUUACUCACUUCUCCUCAUUCACACUCACACCCACAGUGAAAUACCGUUCACAUGCCAACCGUGCAGCAUUACAAUACAAGGAUAUGUGUGCUGCUUGGAUGGACUCCGGUUUAGUUGGUGGCGUGUGAGCUGCUGCGGGUAUCCUCUUUGUCUUUGUCUGCUCAGACACGGGGGCUCUUUCUGCUGGCGUCAGCUGCACAUUAUCUGUUUAUGCUAAACAAGCGCCUGUUGAUGCUCGAUUUAUGGUACCUGCAUUCGUGCGCACUAACAUAAAGAUUAGCGUUCGUCCAAGGAGCAAAUAGGGCGGUAUAAUGUUGCUUUACAGUGUCUUCCAAAGGUCAAAAGACUUCUCCAUAUGUUAAAGGGGUACUAUUCUUGCUGUGAGUGGAACUGCAGGAGGCUGAGCAGUCAUCCUGCCCUGCUACAGUAAAAAUAUACCUUUUUAAAUGAGACCUGAUUUUCAAGUUCAGUUGUAUUUCACUCUGUGGUACAAAAAUCAGCUGCUCAGACCAAAUCCUGCAGCCUAGAGAUGAUCUUAUGGGCACAGAGAGUCACCUAAGGGCAAAUACUAUGAGAAAGAAGCUUUUCAGAGCAGCUCUCAGCUGUAAAUGUGGGGAAAAGAAGCCACUGCCUUCUUAGAAUUAGUCAUUUUCUGGUUAUUUCAGUUAUUUCAUGUUUUGCUGGGGUCGUUCCUAUGUUCCCAAAGCCCUAUGUUCCCAUAUUUCUAACAUUUUUUUUCCACUGAAAAUUAGGAAACUUAAGGGGUUUAAGUUACACUAUGGAUAUAUAAGAUUAUUAUAUUUUAGAUUUUAUUGUCCUUUAUAAGGAUAACUGUUUCCACCUCCAUACAUUAACUAUUUUGUACACAUAACAUCACACCCAUAGACAUCUUUCCACACAAAUUUACACGGAGGUGUCAUUGCAGCAGUACAUGCAGCAUGUGAUAAAUCUCAAAUGUGGGAAUAUAGGACUGUGGAAACAUAAAGCUGUGGGAACAUAAGCAUGGACCCGUUUUGCUGCUGUUGUCUUGACCAGAUCUCUCUCAAGAAAGCCAUGAAAGUAAAGACAGAGUUUCCCAAUCAGAAAGCACCUCAAACCUACACUAACCUUGAGUCAGAAAAGCCAUAUUUUAUAUACAUUUAUACUUUUAGAAACCACAAACAUAGUUUAAAUGUUAGAAGAAGUACUGCCGAUGUUAGAUCAAAUUGUUUUCGACUUAUUCUUCUCAGGGGUGUAGCACAUGAAUCAAACCCCUUCGUGCAGCCUCCAUCAUUGUUCACACGUAAUGUCACACCACAGCCACACAAAAGGAGAUAUUCAUUGUACUUGUCAGCCCUGAUAUAAUGACUGCACAUUAAAUGUCCUCCUCCUGGUAUUACUCUAACACAUGCCAGCGGUGAGGAAACAGGAAAAGCUAGUUUGACACCACAUCCUGUUACUGAGUCGACUGUGUGGUUGCAGGGUGUUGAUCUGUUGGCUGAAGACAUUAACAGAGGAGUGAGCGGGAAUGGCGUUUGAUUUGGCACAGAGGAUGCGUUCUGUGUGUCUGAUCUUGCUUUGGCUCACAGACUGAAUCAGGUAUUUAAAGAGUGUUUCCUCCUGCAGGUGUGUACAAGCCUGAGCCUCUGGGGGACAUGGGAUGGGCACUGCUCUCCACCGGCAUCCUGUUCCUCUAUCACUUUGUCUUCUUGCAGUUCCUCGGCCUGGUAAGACAGAGCCCCCUGCUGGGCGUUACGCGAUACUUCACAGAGCAAAGAGCACACUGCACACGUGACUGAUACAUCAUUUAUUAAAACAAAGACAUGUAAUGAACAUGAGUACACUGUUGUUAUGAGCUUCAGAAGACAGGAUUUCUGGAGGAGAAAUGUGUAAGAACCUGUCAGGGGAAUAUUUACAUGUUUACAGAGAUUCCAGCCUUGGACUGAGUGAGAAGGUGUUGGCUGAGGCUGUGAUUUAUUACACGCCCAUGUUACACUCCAGUGUGAGAACGGUUAUAUAUAGGCACCACUCCAAGUAAGAUGAACCCCCCACUCUUUCAAGAUUCACACGGUGAAGAAAACAAGGUUGGCUGUUUGUAGUGCCUUUCAAAUAAAAUUAUGUUUUAAGGUCUUCAAAAAUCAGUUUGCCAUAUUUAAAUGGAUAAAAUGUGAUCAUGUGUCUAAAUUUAACAUCAACAAUACUUGAAUAAUACCAUAAAAAUUUGCAUUGCAGUGUACCUGACCAUCCCCAGACAUUACCCUCUAUUUUUCUUUUUUUUAUGUAUCUGUUGCAUUGAUAACCCUUUUUGUGUGAUCUGCACCAUGCCUGUGCCUCAGCUUUUGAUUAAUUUAGUCUACUUUUCAGGGUUCCUAAGCAAGUAUGGAAAAUAUGGAAAAGUAUGGAAAGAAAUUUGAACAAUUUCCAGGUCUUUAAAAAGUAUGGAAAAGGAAAAAUAAAGUAUGGAAAAAUAUUUCCAGACUAUUACCACAGUUCAAGAAUACUGAUAUCUAAAAUAGAAAAGUUGGUGUUUCCAAAAAUAAUUCUAAAAAGUAAGGUAUGGAAAAGUAUGGAAGUUCCAACUGUGUAGAAACCCUGACUUUUGCACCACUUUGCCCAAGACAAUCACUGACUCUCCAUCUUUCAUCCCCCUGGUGCUGUAGUUGUUAGUGAUGGCUCAUGACAGGUGCACUCACUUUGUAGAUGACUGGCUCUGUCCACUGUUGUUCACUAAUUCACUAAACUUAAAUAUACAGUGGUGGUACUUUUUUCAAGAAAAAAAAAACUAUAUAUGUUAGGGGUUAAUGCAGCACAUGCAUACAGCUCCACGUUUAAGAGAUCAGCAUCAUUUCUGACAUGUUUUUUUAUUUCAGGAAGAGUGGAAUAUCUUUGGUUUUCAUUCCCAGCUUUCAUGCAUCCUGACUCGUUCUCUGCCGGCCUUUCACGUUGCUCUUGUGCCAUUGUCUCGACAACAUAAUUCAAGCAGCUCGGCUUUGUUCGAUGAGUUAAGGUCAUCACCAAAUCAGCACCUCUUUAAAACAAGGUGUGCCUGAUUGAAAUUCAACAGACUCUGCGACAGAAUUACUUUUACACAUUUAGAGAUGGUGAUUUGAGGGGAGAAAUUUAGAGAUUUGUAUUUAAAUUUACGUAUUAGUAAGCAGAAACAUGUCUUUUCAUUAACCUUAUUAAGAGCCUGAUAUUUCAGGGAAGACAGGUUAGGAGUGUGAGUGCAAAUGAAUAUUCACUUCGUGGACACACCCUGGACUCUGUCUCCCUGAUCUUCUUAACUGAACCGUAGUCCAGUUCUCAGGUGAGACACUUUUGACAAUGUCUCUCUCUGGUUCAGGAGUGUCUUGAAAUUAAAAGGGCAACAGUUUUUGCCUCUUUUCUGAUGACGUGUGUGUUUGUGCGUAUGUGUAAUGGCUUUCAGCGGACUCCUUGUGAAGCUCUUUCAAUUGACUUUUCUUGACAAUCCAUUCAAGGCUGCAGUCAUUCCUGUUGCUCGUGUACCUUUUCCUACCUCACUUUUCUACAACCGUCCAAUAGAACGCUUCCAUACAGUACUCUGAGAACAACCAGCCUUUUCAGCAAUGACCUUCUGUCACUAACCGUCCCUGUAGUGAGUGGCGAUGAUUGUCUUUUUGAUAAGUGUGAGGUCAGCAGCUCCCCUCGUGAUGAUGGUUACAUGUACCGAAUUGAAAUAAAGGAUACAUGGCGUUUUUUAAAUCUAAGGCUGUAAAUAUCAAAAUGAAAAUGAACAAAAAAAUGUACAAAUAAAAAAUCACAAUCUUCUUUUAAGGAUGUGCUACAGCAGCUGAUGUUAAAAUGUGACCUGACACUGUAACUGUACCUGUCUUCUAUAUGAGCAGAGCUGAAGUGAUGUGGUCUGUAAUCAAUUUUUUUUAUAAAUGACUAAGAGUGAAACGCUCUAUUAUUAGUCAAAGAGGACCACCACCCCCUCUCUACCCCCAUGCUUUUUGUCUAAGAUGCGGGGUGGUGAGUGGGGAAUUUAUCACCUGUUAUAAAAUUCAGAGCACUGACUCAGAGGACUCCUCGCUGAGAUGAGAAAUUUAUACGCACUUAAUAAAUCUCCAGAUUCAAGAGCACUUCACAGUACAACUUAUAAAGCACUUCAACCCACACAGAUUAAUGCAUGGCCCUACUUCCACAUUUUUACUAUGUAAAGGAUGAAGUUUAGUGAGCAGGAGUUCAUUCACAUUGGAAUAGAGGGGCCAUGGCCACAGCUAGAAGACAUAAAGGAUAAAAAAAAGAUUUUUUUUUUUAUGUUUAAGAAUCCUUCACAUCCUCCAUGCAAGAUUGAUUUAACGUCAAACUGAAUAUGUCAAUUUCAGGUUCAAGUUUAAACAUUAGCCUGUUUGUUUACUGUUGCCACAGUUAAAGAAACUUAAGGUCAGGUUGUUGCGCGCCAUCCGAAGGCGGUCCUAUGUGGCCUACAACUUUAAAAGUAACAGAAAACACCUUCAAAAGUUAAACAUGUGAUUUAUUAUUUAAGAAAGAGAACAUAGAAUUAAAUAAUUACCAAAGAUCAACUAAAAAACAAAUCAAGAGGUCAACUAAAACACGAGAAUUCUUUGAAUCAGAGGUAGCAGUCCCCCUCUCAAGGCCUCUCCCGCCUGCAGGCAGCUCCUGGGCUCUGAACCCUCAGGACCAGGCGAAGCUGGCUGUCAAUCAGAGACUUCACCUGAGCAGAGCUAGAGAAGACAAAUGGGAACAAAAGAGACACAAACCCAACUCUGUAGACCAGCCUGAGAUGGAAGCUAAAAAUGUGAGAGGGGUCUGGCUGCAGACCUCCACUGAGCGGACUGGAAGUUGUUUGAAGCCUUUCAAAAUAAAAGCAAAUAUACAGAGAGUAUGUUUCUAUUUUUACGUCCAAAGAUGAUUCAAAGCCUUUAAAAUGAAAAGCAAUUACACCGGGGAGUACGUUUUUUUGUCUUGUCUGAAUAUACGUUUUUUUCUUGGGGCUUUAUUUUAUGUAUAAAACGUUAAUAUGGAGGGACCAUACAUCCUCCUUACGUCCUCAUUUUUUAGGGGGCUGUCCAGCCUCGUCCAGCCUUGUCCGGGGGAGUUUAUAAAAUCCUUUAAAUGUUUGGGGUUUUGUAUGGAAGGUUUAAGUUUGUGUCACGUGGACUUACUGAGUUAGAAGUUGUAAAAAACACUUGACCUGACCUGAAAAACUCAAAAUUUACUACGCAUGACUCCAUGAUUCCGCCCCCGCAUAGUCGUGUCCUCUUUUUGGUGCUUCAGAAUAUUGUCACCCUAUAUGAUUUUUUUGUGCAUUCAUGUGUUCAACAAAAGCAAAAUACAAAUGAUGACCACUUCAAACAAACUGGAGCGCAUGAGAAAAAAACAUCACCUCGGGUCCUCACAGUAGAGCAUGUUCUCACAGUAGAGCAUGUCCUCUCAGUAAAGGUCUGCAGCUAGACUGUCUUGAAAAAUGUUGCCAUGGUGUCAACAGGCAUAGGUGAAACAUGCUGGACCGAUCUGUUGUUUGAUUUGAUUUGAUGUGUGUGUGAUUGGCAUCACUUUUGCUUGUCAAGGAGUAAUAACCGUUAUUGAUUGUGUCCUGUCAGAAUUCAAUAUCUAACACAGAAGGAUAAUUUACAAUAUUACUACAUCAUUCCUCUUGAACUGAAAUGGAUCCAAGUUUCUCUUUCAGUUUUUUUCAUAUAAUCCUAAUUGUAAAGUUUUCAUGCGUUAUUAAAGACAUAAAUUCAGUGAAAGGUGUCCAAUUUGAAGCAAAUGUGGUCCGGCCUCUUUGCAGACUGUUGCUGAGGGUCUACACACGACUGCUGCUAAGACAGAGCUCCAGUGUGUCUCCUAUUCUUUAAUGAUUUCUGGGAACUCAAAGUCUCAUUACUGCAGCGUUUUCCAUCAAACUGAUUAUAUUUCUUUGUGACACUUCCUAUUAUUUUGUCCAGUCAUUGUGCAAAAUGGAAAUUAAAGGCAGCAGUAAGAGUGAGUCAUGUUGAAGAGAAAUUAGAGUUAUAAAGGAGCCAAAGUCUCUGAAAAUUAACUGAGGGAAAGAAUAAGUUAGUAUAAAAUGAAAUUGACAAAAAAGAUGGUGGCUGAUGGAAAAGAAUUCAUUGUAAUCAUGGAAUAAAUCAGAGCCAUCAUAAGGCAGCUCUGUGGGGCUAACAACAACAAUCCACAGCACGACCCAAUAAAUAUCACAGAAAACCUCUGAAACCCAAGAGGAGGGGGGAAGGACCCAGAUCAAGAAAACAUUCAGCCAGACUAACACGACCAAACCAAGAGAAAAUGUCCAACUCAUUUCAGCUGAUUACUGAUGCUGUAUGAAAGCACUUUUAAAUUGACACUAAACAAGCCUCUCUCACUCUGGAAAUUAGCCGUUGCUCUUACCGUAUCAGUCUUUUUAUUUAACAUAAACAUUUGAUCCCACCGUGAAGGAUGGAGGUAUUAUUUUUCUAAUAUAGGCAUUCAAAAAAACAGCCACUACUGCAUCUCUUCGCUCUGUGAAAUGAUUGAAGUUGCAGCUGCCGACAGGCUUUUUUCCCCUUGCAUCACCUUUGCUUCACAAGCAUUACAAAUAGCUAUUUGGCUGUCUGUGUCAAACAGCUCAAAAUGCAUUCAACAUGAACUGAGAAAUUUGAUUGUCAAAAGUCAGCAGGAGGAGAUUUUUUUGUGUUGAGUCACUUCUAAAGCAUAUAGAGGACAUGUAAAACAAAGACUGCUCUGUCCACAAGAUUGAAUUAAACUGAUAAAUCAAUCAAUCAAAUUUUAUUUAAAUAGCGCCAAUUCACAAGUGUCAUCCCAAGACGCUUUCCAAAGAAAAAGAGCAGGUCUAGACCACGCUCAUUGUUUUAUGAAUCAUAUAGACCCAACCUUAAGAUGGGACAGAUUUGAUCCAUCUCAGCUAACAUGAGUGACAGUGGCGAGAAAAAAGUUCCUUUUAACAGGCAGAAACCUUGGGAAGGACCAGACUCAUGUUUGACAGCCACCAAGCCGCUGCUGGGUUGGGGAGGAAUACAGAGAUAAUUGAUCAUUCCUCACAGGCUCUUUAAGUGUUUCAUUUUAGCUUAAUGUGGUUUUAGUUUUUUUAUCUGAGGCUCUCUAAACCUGCGUCUCUCUCCUCUCCAGCUGACUGAGGUCAACCUGAACAACAUGCUGUGCCCCGCUGUGUCCGACCCCUUCUACGGCCCGUGGUACCGGGUGUGGGCAACAGGCCACCAGACCCUGCUGACCCUAAUCCACGGGAAAGUCCUCACACUCCUCUCCCAGCACACGGGCUCCGUCUGCAGAUACAUGCUGGACACGCUCCGACUGCGCAGCAAGAAAGUCGACUGAAUGUCCUCAAAGGAGACGCACACAGACAGACCACGCCUUUCAUUCUGAAUGCCUGCUCUCUUUUUUUUUUUAUUUAAAAUCCUUUUAAAGCAUCUUUUAAGAUCACUUUUACUGAAACAAAGUGAGCAUUUCAGGGCCAGUGAAUCAACGUGUCAUUCUUUUAGUGUUGUAGUCGGCUUGCAUGCACAAACAUACUCGGCGUUUGAAGGCUGGUAGGUAGCAUCCUGGUGAGGGAACGACUUUUCUCUGAUUUUGGAAAAUACAAUUUCCAGAAGUGAAUUUUGGGAGAUUUCUCAAGAUGCCUUUUUUUGUAAAUGUCAAACUUUAAGGACAGAAAUGGAAGUCACUUGAUGUUUUUGCUGAUCUGCAGUUAUUACACUUUCCGUUCUUUACAUGUGCUCAUAUGUUAGCGAGGAAAGCUGCCAUUUUAUUUGUCUCAAGUGCGUCUUGAAUGUGAGCUGUUGUCGCUUGUUUAUAGCUGCAGGAUGUUUCUUUUGUUUGGUUGGUUGGUUGGUUGGUUGGUUGGUUGUUUCAUAUGUAUGAUCACCACUUUGGUGUUGUCAUGACUGAAAACUUAUUUAUGGUGUCCUUCUGUUCCCACCUCUGCGACAAACAUCUAUCUCAAAGUUCUGAAAUCUUUGUAAGUGGCCUCUUUUUCAUUUCUGUCUCCAGCCGUCUCGGAUCAUUCCAGGUGUGAUAAUCAGGGGACACGAGGACGUUUUACAUGCGAUGAAUGAGGAUCUACCCUGAGAUGUUAUUACCUCUGCCGUGAGGAUAUGUUUAUGCGUCUGUUUUUCUGUCGGGACAUAGGACCAUAUUUGCUGAGCACACAGCCUCGAACCCGGCUGGGAUGAAUGCGAUGUUCGGUUUUGUAUGUAUCUGGGCUGGAAACACAUCUUGAAACUUGAAACACUUGCCUGAUCGUCACAUUAAACCUGAAUUCACUCCACCACACACUCACAGUCUAAGUUAUGUAUAAGAAAAAAAAUGCAUCAGAUGAUCUGCAUGAAGUCACUUUGGGUUAUUUAUCGAGAACCCAAUCAGAAGAAAGUAUUAGCUAGUGUCAAGAAUUGGAAUAUUUCAGUCAUGGUAUGUAUCAUUUCAAGUGUGAGGGCUGUAUGUGUGUGUGUUAAUGUAGCAUAUACUGUUCUUCACUGUAAAGAAGGGAUAAGACACACUUUUGUAUUUCUAUGGGUUCAAGUGUAUGUGCUGUAUUGACAAUAAAAAGUGGUUUCAGUUGACCCAA